AUGACGAGCACCAAUAACCAGAGUCAACGUUGCCGAAUUCGAAUAUUCCAUAAUGUUGAAUUAGGUGUAAUUCUACGCAAUGGUAAAGAAUAUUUUUGCUUAACUCAGUUAUACGAUCGCUUAUGGCCAAAUACAUCACGUAUGACCACCUUUAAUAGGAUCGAUAGGUUAAAAUGCAAAAAAUUAAGUUGUACUUUAGAUGAAUUGAAUAUGUUGAAAGGUAUUAAAGCUCUUGGCAGCACGGCAACACGGACUACUCUACUACCUACCGAUGAAGUCGAAAGACUGUAUAAUUAUACUCAAGAUAAGAUCCAACGUCGAAAAAAUAAGCAAUUAAACACUUCCAAGCGUCCAUAUUCCAAAUCCAAUGAUUCUCAUACGCCUAAUCGAAAACGAAGUAAUUUCAAUAAAAGGCCAUUGCUUGAUCGUAACUUACUUAAAACGACAACAAGCAAAACUACACGGAAACCAAUGACAUCCAAUGGGUCCGUCACCAAUCAUCCGAAAAUGCCCAAAAAUAAAUCCCAUACUAACCAUUCUGAUGCUAAAUGUACAAAGCGCUCAUUCAUCAACAGGAAGAAUGGUAAAAAUAAUACCAAUAACGUAAUCAAUCAUUCUGCCUUGCUCGCCUCUGCUACAAACGAUUUUUAUCCCUCCAAUCAAAAUGGUGGUCCAACCAUAGCAACAGUCUAUCAUUCCAACAUCGACCAUUACGACAAACAUCAUUUCUAUCAAAAUGAUGACGACGAUGUCUUUUCCGAUGAUGAAUUAUCAUUCAAUUUAGAUCAAUUAGACGAUGAAGAAUCCAGUGAAGGAUCUAUCUUAACAACGUCAUCAUUUCUACUUGGAUUGCAAAGUGCUACAUCCAUUUCAUCCGAUGAUGAUGAAGGCUAUACUCAUAAAAAUGGCAUAAAUCACUUGCAAUCGAAUACUAUACCAUUGGCAAAUAAUACUACAAGAAGAGGUCGAAAUUUAAAAUGUCAAGAGUUUGUUGACAAUAGCGGGAAAAGUCUACAGCCGUCUGUCAAUCAAGAUAAGGAAGAUUUUGAUAAUAAUGGCAUGCUAAUAACUAAAGAAGAUAAAGUGAUGAAAGAUGUUAUAGUUAUACGCAAGGAUAAAAGUAGUCGAUGGUUAGUUUCAAGUCGACAAAGUAGUCAAAGUGAAGAGGAAGAUGUCGAUAAUAAAAAUCUUUGCCGACCAACUAGUAAGAGAUUAGCUUCCACUACUGUCAGAAACAACGGUAAAAAGGCUAAUCGAAAACGCAGUCGUCUCGAUUCUAGUACGCAUUCAUCAUUAAAUAUUCGAAUUAGACGCGAGGGUAGUUCAGUUUCCGUCAUUUCUAGUCAUAGUAGUAAUUCUAGUUACACCGAUUGUACAACCGGUGCAAGUCUAAUAAGUGGAGAUGGUGCUAAUGAUAGCGCUCUCAAAGAAACCAAUCUACAAAAAAUGCCCUCCAAUAACCCGAUUCAUCAAGAUGAUAGCGUCAAGACUGACAACCAUAGUAGGAAUACUAAGAAAACCAAGCGGAAUAUGGAUAUUCUACCGGAUAAAACUGCCGAUGAUAUCAAUUAUAACUCGCAAGUAGUUGGUAGAGGUCAAGCAUUCCAUCCUUAUAAGAAAAAUAUGAAUAACAACACCAUAACCAAGAAAUCCACUUUAGCUUCGUGGAAUCGUAAAAUAAGCAAAUCAAAUUUCAGUAUUCAAUCAGUAUUUAAUCAUUCUUUUCCCAAAUUGACUGUUCAAAAUGGCGACUUAUGCCCUGCUGAUAAACUUUCUAUUCGAGAUGAUAGCAAGAUUGAAGAUGAUCAUCCUAUACUAUCAUGGGAAGUUGGCAAAGAAGUUCUCGGUAACAGAGUAACUAGCCGUCGUAAAAAGUCUGGCUUAAUUUCCAGGACUAAAUUACCUUAA